AAAUAUAAGCUGAUAAAGAUUAUAUUAUAUAGUGACUUUGAAGAAAAGCACAAACUCAAAAUGGCUCAAGAAAGCAGAGAAUCGAAAUGGGAAGGCAAAGCCAUUGCAGAAGUAAGAAGCGCAACAGCAGACCAAGUAUGGCCUCUGAUUGAAGACUUCUGCUCUCUUGAAAAAUGGUAUCCAGGCGUCGACGCAUGCCAACAAGUUAAAGGAGUCUACGGGGAACCAGGUCUCAUCAGGUACAUCACAACCACCGUGCCAGCACCACCACCACCUGACGCCGCCGAUCAGACUCCGGCGACUGUCGUCAAGUGGUGUUACGAGAAACUACUGUCUAUCGAUCCUGUUCAACGGCGUCUGAGCUAUCAGAUCACAGAGAACAACCUUGGGGUGGGGUUUUAUGUGGCUGAGUGGACAGUUCUUGAAAACAAAGAUGGUGAUGGUGCUGGUGGCUGCCGGAUUGAGUGGCGGUUCACGGCUGAUCCGGUGGAAGACCGGACUUUCGAGGGUUUCUGUGGUUAUUUACAGUCGUCUCUGAAAGGCAUAGCGGAGAGAAUGGAAAAGGCGCUGCAAGCUGCUACUAAUAAUUGAAGUGAUCAAGUUUAUGUUUAAUGGUACGGAAUAAUAAUUCUAUAUCUCAGUAAACUUCUUAAAGAUCUUUAUAAUUAAGAUUUGACAAAAGAAAAUCCGUCUUUUUUUUUUGUCAGAUUUUAGUAAUUAUAAAAGAAAAAGUUUAUUAAGAUAUAACAUUUGCUGAUCUUAUGUUGUUAUAUAUGAAUCCCUUAUGAUUAUUCUCGGAUCGAAGUGGUUUAUGUGUUUCAAUAUAAGUUCGUUUUUUUAAGAGUAAUUUGCUUGAAUUCGAAGUCGUGAGGAAGAAGAAGAAUAUGAUUGGAUGAUAUUAAAUAAAAAACAUUAAGUUGGAUUA